AUGAAGGACCCUCCAGACAUAUCUAGCUGUCAACCUGUACCAAUUGCCAUUGUGGGAAUAGGUAAGUCGGGCAGAAGGUUAAACGAAAAGCAUUGAAGUAUAAUGAACUCGCAUUUUCUGCGGCAGUUCGUUCAAUUUGUAACAAAAACAAAGACUGCACGAACAGGCUAGUGGUUUUCAUAGCUAUGGUUUGCAACAAUCCGAAAAGUUUAGAAGUUGAAAAAUUGAUGCCUGUAAUAGUCUGUUACGCACAUUCUUUUAGGACAGGAAAGAAGGCGACCUGUCCAUUUGGCUUUAUUCUUUUUUAUACAGCAGCGGUUCCUUUUAAUGAUAAUUGCAAUAUUAUCAUCGGUCAUCACCUGGAGGGGACCCCUUGCGCGAAGGGGACUAUUUAAAUAACCCGUUUGAAAGUGCUUAAUCUCCCCACCCCCCGCCUUCAUUGGGGCACAGAGGAAUCAAAGUUAAGAAAUUCCCCCUCCUUGAGGGGUAUCAUAUAGAACAACAUGAAACCACAGUAAACUGGAGAUGCCAAAAUAUUGACCCAGCUCAUCCGCUCACCUAACUACUAUUUUAACUCCCACACUUCUAAAUUAUUUAACGAAGUUGUUCACAAUGGGUUAUAAUAUUCGAAAGAUUUAACCACGUUUAUCACACCCGCCGCUCAAGCCUAAGUUGGCUUGCUUUUUCUCUCCUCAAGCAGUUUCACAAGUUCGCUUAAACAGAUGGGGCAGGGAAGGGAAAACAUGAGAAAUGUGACUCAACCAGUUGCCACCGAUUGCUGACGCACGCAGUCUCCGAUCUUAAAAAUGUAAAUAAUUACCUUUAAAACGUUUCUCCGGCCGGUUUCAACAAAAACCCUUCUACAGGGAAAUAUCUCUAACAAAGUAAAAAUGCCCUACCACAAAAGAGAAUCCGCAAAGUAAAGCUUACCACACCGAACGGUAAUAUAUAGAGGGCCCUAAAUAGCGUGAAUGUAACUACCUCACUUUUGCAAUUCUGCAAUAGGCUGUCGUUUCCCAGGAGAUGUUAACUCCCCUGAAAAUUUCUGGGAAGUUUUAAGGAAGGGGCAAAACGUAAUAACAGAAGUUCCAUCAGACCGCUGGAGUCUAGAGACAUUUUACGACAAUGGAAGAAAAGAGACAGGAAAAAUGGUUUCAAGCCGCGGUGGUUUCAUAAAAGGCAUCGAUCAUUUUGAUCACUCGUUUUUUAAAAUAUCUCCGCGUGAGGCAGCUUCGAUGGACCCACAACAGAGGCAUCUCCUAGAAGUUACUUAUGAGGCCUUUGAAGAUGCUGGUAUCGACCCCUGGGGACUAAAGGGCGACUGCGGCGUGUUCGUUGGCAUUGGAAUGAUGGAUUACGCGUUGUAUACUUGGGAGUCUAACUUAAUUGACGCAUAUAGCCUUACUGGAGUGACGCACAGUGUGGCUGCCAACCGUCUUUCGUAUGUCUUCAACUUCAAGGGACCCAGUCUUGCUGUCGAUACAGCCUGUGCCUCAUCUAUGACAGCACUACAUUUAGCUUGCUGUGCUCUCCGGAAUAAGGAAUGUUCUGUAGCGCUGGUAGGGGGAUGUAACAGUCUUCUUGCACCAGAAGUCUCAGUUGGAUUCAGUUCUCUGGGUGUGAUGUCACCAGAUGGUCAAUGCUGCCCAUUUUCCAACACGGCAAAAGGAUAUGUGCGCAGUGAAGGGUGGGGAACACUUAUCCUAAAGCCUUUGGAUCAAGCCUUGCAGAGUGAAGAUCAUAUUUAUGCAGUCAUCCGUGAGAGUGCCAUAGCAGCAAGUGGUAACACAAGCAGUCUUACAAAGCCGUCAGCCUCAGCUCAGCACGAUGUCAUAAAUGAGGUCUACAAGCGUUGCAACAUUUUUCCUUCAUCAAUUGAUUACGUGGAAGCACACGGUACUGGUACCCCUGUUGGUGAUCCCAUAGAGGCUAAUGCCAUUUCAAAAGCUUUCUGUUCUCAACGAAAAACUCCUCUCAAGAUUGGAUCUGUUAAGAGUAACUUUGGACAUAGUGAGUGUGCAGCCGGUGUCACUGCAGCCAUCAAGGUAGCACUCAUGCUUGAAAAGCAAAUUCUUUGUCCUACUAUAAAUUUUGAAAAUCCCAAUCCUAACAUCGACUUCAAUAACCUUAAUCUCCAAGUGGCAACACAAGUGGAAGACUUGAGAGGUGGAUCUCCUCACAGAAUAGCGCUCAACAGCUUUGGAUUUGCGGGAGCUCUUGCUCAUGCUGUAUUUGAACAAUCUCCUCGGAAAGCAUCGAAAGAGCAGAGUAAAUGUAACUGGACAUUUGGUGGGGAUGAAUUCGGGGAACACAUUUUAAUACCUUUUUCUGCCAGGUCCAAGAAAGCGCUUGAAGAUUUGGCCAAAGAAUGGAGUUCAUUUACAAGCACUAUGGAUGCCCUAAGCGUUGUGUCAUGGCUGUCUGCGCGUCGAAUGCAUCACGAUUUUCGGAUUGCUGUGGUUUCAAACUCUGGCAAAAACUUUUGCAAUGCUCUUCUUGGGUAUUCAAACGGCGAAUCAACUGCGAAUGGCGUCAUAGUACCUCUUUCCCAACCAUGUAAAGCACAAAAAGUUUGUUUCAUAUUUCCUGGUCAAGGGCAGCAAUGGGGUGCAAUGGGCAGCAGAUUGUAUCUUACAGAGCCAGUUUUCCAAACGUCAGUCAAAAAAUGCGAUGCAGUUUUCAAGAAAAUGAGUGGCACAUCAAUCAUUCACGACUUUGGUUGUUUUCUAAACUCAGAUGCUAACAUGGUAAAUUCUGUUAUUGAUGAAAUCGAGGUGUCGCAGCCCGCUAUUCUGUUUUUCCAAAUAGGUCUGUUAGAAUUAUUGAAAGAUUGGGGAGUGCAACCUGACGUCAUUGUGGGUCACAGUUUAGGUGAAGUAGCUGCCAGCUAUGCAUGUGGUGGAUUAACAAUCGAAGAAGCAGUAGCUGUUAUUUACCAUCGCUGCAACGAGCAGAGGAAGCUUAAAGGAACGGGCAGCAUGGCGGCUGUGCGCGCAACGUUGCAGGAAGUAGAAAACCUCUGUUCUGAAAGUAAAGACGUCUACGUUGCAGCAGUCAAUGCCCCAAAGUCAAUCACAAUCGCAGGUCAGAAUGAAGCCAUUAAGAGCCUAUCGCAGGAAAAUCCAACCACUGUAAAGAAACUGCGAGUACAGUGCGCCUUCCACACCCCUCAUAUGGAGACCAUUAAAAUGUCUUUUGAGAGAUCCAUGUCUGGUGCAGUAACGACAAAAACACGAAUAAACCAAGUUCCAUUCUACUCAACCGUAACUGGAGAGCGCUACGAUGGAAUGUUUAGCACAGAUUACUGGUGGAAGAACAUCCGAAAACCAGUCCAGUUUGAACGAGCAAUUAAAUGCAUUCUUGACGAAGAACAACCAGACGUUUUUUUGGAACUGGCCUCUUCAGUGACACUGCUUUCGUCUGUCCGACAGAUUAUAAGCAAUACACCGAAGUAUAGUCAUGUCGUCACCAUCCCAUGUUGCCAAAGAAACAAAGACGACCGCGUUUCUCUUUUGCAAUCUAUUGGAUCCUUGUAUGUGGCUGGAAAAUCCAUUAAGUGGGAUAACGUUGCACAAACUCGUGCAGUGUGGCAACCGUUACCAAGAUAUCCAUGGCAGCAUCAGUCCCAUUGGAAAGAAUCUGAGGAAAGAAAAAAGAAAAGGCUUGGGCUGGAGGACAGAAGUUUCAAAGGACAAAACGGUUGUUUGUCUCUUGAGAAGUAUCCCUUUUUCAAAGACCACGUCAUUCAAAAUCAGUUGCUUUUCCCAGGAGCUGGAUAUGUUGAGUACUUACUCCAAAUGUGCUUCAUGCCGGACGAAAAUCCACUUCUGAACAAUGUACACUUUAACAAAACUUUAAUAUGGCCAAACGAGGCAAACGAGGGAGGUGACUUUCACACGGGAACUGUCUCGCUAACAUUCCAUCAAGAAGGACCCCAGUCUUACAUUAGCUACAGCGAUGUUGUAUACUGCAACGCAACAGUCGCAAGCAAAGAGAAGUUUCCGCCACGCACCUUACCGAUGGAUGAGAUCCGUCUCCGUGUGAAGGAUACUGUUGGAAAAGAGAUAUUCUAUAAGAAUCUUAAAAAGAAUGGCUACCAGUAUGGCCCUGCCUUUCAAACAGUGAAAAAAGUCUUACUGGGUGACGGUGAAGCCCUUGGGCUUCUAGAGGCUGCAUCUGACAGCGUACAGCGGAUUCAAACAACCAUUAUUGACGGCUGCCUCCAACUGGUUAUUGCUGCAUUAGGUCCUUGCACGUCACUGUACAUCCCUAUCAAGAUUGAAUCCUUUCAGAUGGAGGUGCCUUCACUUCCCUCUGGAGAAGAGCUUGUUGCUCAUGCUGUAGUAUUGGAUCAUGACGGAUCGUUUUUGACUGGAAACGUCACCUUGGCAACGAGGGGUGGACAAAUUUUGGCUUUGAUUGAAGGUGUUCAUACUCAAGCUAUUCGGAACAGAGAAGCGAAGCAAGAUGUCCAAAACUGUUUGUAUUCUACCAAAUUUCAACCACUAGAGUCAUGCCUCAAGUUUUCGAGCCUUGCAACAAGGUUAAGUAAAGAAAUGGAAUUCACUGGGCAAACAAGAAGGUCAGUUCGUGAAAUAAUAGCUUCCAAGACUGUCGAUGAUGGUUUAACGACAAAACAGAAUGGCGCUGUUCAACGAGAUAUUAGCAAUACCAUUGCCCUUCAAGAGGGUGCAAAUAGAAAUGCGGUAAACGCUAUGCGGCAAGACGUCAAAAAAGCUUUUUCAGGAACGAGACAGGAGUGUAGUCCUUUUGAACAUUUUGAAGAAAACAAUCCUGUUAUUUCGAAUUUCUCGAGCUCAGAGGAUAGUCGGAUAUUGCCAAAGAAACACCGGGAAAAGCAUUGGUGGAAAUCAACAGAAAAACACCUCAAAACAAGCGCAUUUUCCAUUGCACAAGUUAUCCAAGAUGGAUUUCAAGAGAAAAAAGUCAUUCGCGUACUCUUAACUGAUGACCAGAAUGCUGAACUAUCAAAAAGCCUUCUUCCACAUCUUGAAGAAAAAGGUCUAACGAAUGAGGUGGAGUACAUCUUCUCUGCCUCCAGCGAAUUGCUUCUACAAAACGCUAAAGAACAACUAAAAGAUUUCGCAUUUGUCAAGUACAGUUACUUUGAACCAGGGAAAAACACAGAUGAGCAGGGAUUUAUUCCAGAAAGCUUUGACUUCGUUAUUUCCUUGGACAUAGUUCACCCAACUGUCAGUAUGGAAAAAAUCAUGAUGGCAUUUCAGCAGUUGUUGUGUGAGCAAGGCGGGCUGCUUAUUUUCGCACCUUUCCCGAAGCCAAAUGCUAAAGAAGAAUUCUAUCCUCCCAAAAAACGAUGGAAUGAUGUCAUGACCAGAAAUGGUUUUGUUGAUGUUUUCGCAGUCUCUCCUUCUGAAGAAUGUUUCCCAAGAGUUAUCGGAGGGUAUAAAAGCAAAAAAGCAGCUAUAGUAUCUUCUCGUUCAUCGCAUGAUGAAGAGAUCGUAAUCAUAGCAGAAGAAAACGAUCCUCUGGCCAAAGUACUUGCGAGUAGCUUUAACAAUUCAAGAAAUGUUCGAAUGCUAUCGGACGUAAACGAUAUGCAAGAGGAAGACACAUCGGAAUUGCAAUCACGAGUUGUUCUUUACAUUCACUCUUCAAAAACUAGAAGGCAUCUCUCCAAUCUUCUAGCCCUGUUCAAAACAGCAAACAAAAUCUCAGGAAUCAAACGCUUUUGGGUGCUUACGUGCGGCGCAAGCGGUGAAAGACAAGAUCAGGAAGGAUCAGCGGCUCUGGGACUUUCUCGAGCUAUAACAAAUGGUACGCACAAGUUUUCUGUGUUUGCUGUUGACGUCGAUCCUGCAGACUUCCAUGAAAGGAAUGCUGCACAUAUUGUCAAGUUGUUGGCAGCCCCACCUCCAGACCAAGAAAUUGUCAUCCGUCUUGGAAGGUGCUAUGUUCCACGCGUGGUACGCUUUUCUCCGAUGGAAUCAAAGAAAGCCUACAGUAACAGAUGGAAACUAGGGUUUGUCAAUUCUGAUGACACUGGAAAACACAGUAUCGAUGACAUAGACUUUCUGUCAGCUGAGAACGUGAUGCUCCAAGAGGAUGAAGUAUUGGUCGAAGUUAAAACUGCUGGACUAAACUUCAAAGACGUGAUGAUGGCCAUGGGAAUGCUAGAAAGACUGGCCACGGCAGAUGGCAAAAGGGGGCUUGGCCUGGAGUGUUCUGGAAUCAUUACUGGUAAAGGAAGAUCGGUCUCAAAAUUUCAUUUAGGCGAUGAGGUUAUUGUUUUCCUCAACUCAUGCUUCGCUUCACAUGUCAAGUGUAGUCAAGAAUACGUAGUCCACAAGCCACAAAAUCUUACCUGGGUCGAGGGCGCUGGAGUUGGAAUCGUGUUCACCACAGCAUUCUACUGUCUUGUAGAACGUGCGCGUUUGGAGAAAGGGGAAACGGUUCUUAUUCAUUCUGCAUGCAGCGGUGUUGGACUAGCGGCUUUGCAGAUUGCAAAGAUGAUUGGAGCCAAGGUCAUUUGCAGCGCUGGAACAGAAGAGAAGAGACGCUUCCUCAAAGAAACUAUGGCCAUAACACAUGUUACAGACUCAAGAUCAGAACAGUUUUGCCAAGACGUCUUGGAUUGGACUAAUGGAAAUGGUGUUGAUGUCAUUCUCAACUCUCUUCAUGGCGAUUUGUUGAAGAAAAGCAUUGGCCUUCUGUCGCAUGGAGGUCGAUUUUGUGAAAUUGGCAAAAGAGACAUUUUGGCGAAUUCUCAAAUACCCAUGAAUGCGUUCCUUGAAAACAAGUCCUUCCUUUCGUGUCACGUGGAUAUCCUUUUAAGCGGGAAGCUAAAGACAUUUAUCAACAUAUUUGAACAGGUAUCUAAGCUGCUUGCGAGUAACACUCUUCAGCCUAUUAAGACAACUGUGCAUCCCAUCUCCGCUUUCAAAGAAACGUUCAGAAUGAUGUCAAAAGGUGACCACAUCGGAAAGAUUGUUUUUGACAUGUCAAGUGAGCCAAUGCCGCUAUGCCUGAAAAUGUCAUCGAGCUUAUUCAAGGCUGAUGCUACCUACAUAAUCACAGGAGGAUUUGGUGGUAUUGGCCUAGCUUUGUCUCGUUGGAUGUCUAAGAAGGGUGCAAAACAUCUGGUAUUGACCUCUCGUCAGGGCUGCCACAAUGCCGCGGGUCGUCGCACAGUAGCUUUUCUGAAACGUCAAGGGGUUAUGGUGUACGAGUUUUCUGGGGACCUCGCAAAAGAGUCCUUUGUGGAGGCUAUGAUAAAGAAACUGAGUCAAGAUAGCACUAUCCCACCAAUACGAGGUAUAUUCCACCUUGCUGGAGUCAUUAAGGAAGAGGAAAAUUUUCUGAAACUCCAACCGGAGCAGCUUGAGUUGAUGUUCAACAGUAAGGCCAGAAGUGCUCAACAUUUGCAUGACCACACCCUCGACCAGCCUUUGGAAAUGUUCCUAUUGAUGUCCUCUCAGCUAACAGUUUGGGGGAAUCCUGCUCAACCCGCCUACUGUGCAGCAAAUUCAUAUUUGGAUGCUUUGGCUCAUCACCGGAAGAGCGUUGGACUUCCUGCUCUUUCUUUGCAACUAGGAGCUGUACGGGGAGCAGGGUAUCUGGAAGACAAGGUGGACGUUACCAAGAGGCUAGCCGACAAGGGGCUAUUAACUCUGCAUAUAGAAGAAGUCCUGUCGGUUCUAGAGACGCUGUUAGAAUCAUGUGACGAACCUGUAAUCUGCUUUGCAAACCAGGUGGGUGGCGCCCUUCGAAAUUUCGUUAUUAAUACGUACUUUUGUUUUUGGAGUAUCGUUUAAAAGAUACAGUGCUUUGAUUACAAACAGUUACAACAAAAAAAGUUCCUCGCAUUCUUUGAACGAUCUCUGCAAUUUUUUAUUGACUAUUUCUGGGGAGAUUUAGCAGCAAAAAAAGAGGUCAAGACUGAAAACGUUUAUGCACACUUUAUUCUAAAUAACACACAUACAUAUAGUCAUCGUCCAAUUUACAGUUCUGACAUUCUCACAGGUAGCUAGUGCCAAUCUAGGCGGGCAAUGCUUUAGGAAAGUAAACGUGCAGGAGUGUCAAGUAAAAAGUAAUAAAAUCGCUAAUGCGAAAGAUAUUAUUAGGGAACAACGUUAAAUCUUUUAUUUUGUGUGUUAAUGUUUACUUACUUUAUAGAGACCCAGGAAUCACCAUCAUGACAUUUAUUUCUAAUUACAGUGUACGAAAAUAAGAGCUCUGUAAAGAACCUAACUUUUUUAAUGAUUUCUUUUUUUUCAAGAAUUCUAUACCUGGAUGCAAAAAAUUAUUCGUUUUAGCCUCCAUGUAGGGAAAUUUUUUAAUGAUAGUUUAUUCCGUGCUUUUUCUCCAAUUUCUUAAAACCCUUUUUUUUUUUUUGCUUUUUCAAUAGAAUUGGGAAGCUACUCAGCAGUUCGUAUACAGGACCAGCCUGAGAUUUCGCCAUCUUAGUCGAGACACUCGAUUGGCAUCUGACAUUCAGGGAUUCAAUAAAGAGCAGUUGGAAGAGAAAAUCAAGAAAAAACUCACCGAAUUACUGCAAGUACCCUCUGAGGUUAUUGACUUGAAUCAGCCAAUGACAAACUAUGGUGUUGAUUCCAUGAUGUCCAUUGAGCUAGCCACGUGGGCCAGUAGAGAACUUGGUUUGGGUAUCACGCAGUUGGAAGUGCUUGGCGGAUUGACUGCUGCAUCUUUAGCCCAAAAAGGCACUUUAGGUCUGCGGUGA